AUGGCAUUCACUCCUUCGAACCGACACAAGCUUACGCCCGCCAGCUCUCCCUUCGUCACCAGGACUUCUAGGUCCCCAGGUCCUCAACGGUCCCGUGCCAUCAAUGAGACCUGUCUGUCCCUCAGGCGUGUCAUAGGCACCACUUGCUCCUCGCCCACCGGCUUCGAUUCCGUCUACUCCUCUUUCGCCUACAUUGCUGGCGGAGCUGUUGUAGUGGUUGACGUAUCCGGCGAGCAUUAUUCCCAACGCUUUUACCGAGCCCGUCCCUCGGCAGUCCCCGUCUUUGCCCUUUCACCCGUCUCCCACAUUACCGCGGCGAAUGCCAAUCCGACACCGAAAGCCAAUGACAGUAGGAACAGGACUACCGCUUCACAGAGGGAAUUGGCCUAUCAGACAGCGGAUUCUUCACAGACCUGGACAAGUCGCGAGCGCAUAAAGGCUGCCACUUGCCUUGGCCUCAGCCGGGAUGGACGAUACCUGGCUGUGGGUGAAACGGGCUAUGCUCCCCGUGUCCUCAUCUUCAAUCUCCAAGAUGCCUCUUCCGAUACGCCAUUGGUGUCCAUCAGUGAACACGCAUUUGGAGUCAAGGCCGUAACAUGGUCACCAGACACAAAGUUUUUGGCUUCUCUGGGCGCUGCCAACGAUGGGUUCCUUUACAUAUGGAAGGUUGACACGAGAACUGGCGCCGCCAGGCUCUUUCAACAAAACCGCUGUACCUCUCACGUCAAGGGUAUGGUCUGGAUGGGCAACAAUUUGAUCACAUUGGGUGUCCGUCACAUCAAGGUUUGGAGGGUUGAAGAACCUCCGCCGCCUGUCUCGCCGAUGAAGGCCAAAUUUUCCCAACAGGAGGUGGCCUGUUCAGCCGCCCAGCUGGCCCAGAAACCAUUGCCUGGCCGAAAUAUUCUGUUGGGUUCCAUGCUGGACGCCACGUUCAGCUGCGCUCUUGCACUUGAUGAAAACAGGGCCAUCAUCUGCUCAGAAACGGGCAGUAUCUGUCUCUUGGAUGACACAAACAAGCAAAUGAAACUAACACGACUAUUGGACCUGAACUUCCACGUUAGCUGCAUAUCGAUGAGGAAUGAAACGCUCUACAUCGGCGGGAAGGAUGGUCAGCUAUCAACCCUCGCACUCGAUGGUGUCUUGGAAGGCACCCCUGACCCCACAAUUCACAAUCCUCAUACGUCUGACGGCCUUGUCGCCCUGGGAUUCCUCGCCGAAAACUUCGUCACGAUUGACAGCCGCCGAACGAUCAACAUUUGGAGUCCUGAUCAUAUUCCGGCCGUAUCAUCCGACGACCCGCACCACAUUCCAAUUCCUGGCGCCGGCGACAUUGUAGAGAACAACAUCGAUGGCGAGCAACCGGCCAAUCAGCUAGUGGUGGUGAGAGCCACGAACGAUGGGAGUCUCUUUGUUGUGGGAGACAAGCUUGGCGUUCUUCGCAUCAUUGACGCCUCUACGAGAGUUUGUUUACUCGAAACGAAGGCACAUUCCUCCGAUUGCCAAGAUAUUGCCAUCUUCGAGGACGAGUCAAGGCUCCUUAUCGCCUCAUGCGGCAGAGACCGCACAGCUCAAUUGUUUCAUCGAACAUCCUCCGGUGCAUUUGACCACUUUCAAACGCUGGAAUUUAGCGCCAAGGUCGUCCAGGUUUUGAUACCCUCCCGCGACAAAGUCCUCACUUGCUCGCUGGACCGUACCCUUCAGGUACACGAUCUGGUUACGAAAGAGAGUGACCCUGAUGUCAUGGCAGCCAUUUCUUCAAGGGUUAUUACGCUACGGGCUUCGCCAUCCUCAAUGGUGGUAACACCUCUUGGAAAGUCAAUCUUUGUAUCACUUUUGGAUCGCUCAGUUUGUCAUUUUGACUACAACAAUGGACGGCUCUUGAACUCGUUCAAAUGCCACGACGAAGGAGGGUCCGAGACCGUUGUCUUGGAAUCACUAAAGUACGGCCAAACCGGGGGGGACAUGGGCUUCUUGCUUGGCAUUUCCAACACAGACAAAUCUAUCCGGGUAUACGACGCUCACUCCGGGACCUUCAUGGGCCGUGAAUGGGGUCACACGGAAGCCAUCAACGGUGUGGUCAUGGUCGAGGGCGAGCAGGCUGGCAGAAAGAUUAUCAGUGUCGGAGAGGAUGGGACCAUCAUGGUUUGGGGACUGGACAUACAGUUUCCAGUGACUGGUUCCAGGAACCGCGAUCCUUCGCCUGACAAGACCGCCAGCUCAAGGGCCAACAACCCGUCUGCGCACAGUCGACCGCCACUCAGGAGGGUGUUAUCAAAGGCUGAGCUAGCCGAGUUUCAACGACCAUCUUCAUCCCAUGCCGGCAGCAGCAGACAGCGCCGUCUCUCACCCAGUCGAGCACAACCCCGUCGUUCCUCUCAACAACACGCAGUGACUUCCACCGCACGCACACCAGUAACAUCGGGGAAGCGGGUAAGCCCCGACGGUACCGGAUCAAUCCGAAUCAAACGCAAUGCCCUACGUCGGACAUCUUCAGGAGCAGGCAGCAGAUCCGAAAGCCCGCCUUCCGAGGACAACGGCAUAUACCGUCGUUGCGCAUCCCCCCCGCUUAUCAACGGUGACGUGACACGCGCAGCCUCCACCGUCCGCUCGUCCGCCCGCAAGAAGACCAGUCAGUCAAACCUCCGAAGCAAUACCGCCCCUAGUACAUCGGCAGGGCCCAGCAGCGCCAACGGCUACGGCUUUGGUUCCCUCAGCGCAGCCACCGAGCAGACUUGCCGCCAACUACGAGCCUACCGCAAAAAGCUGGCAAGCUCGGACGCUAUUAGCGGCGACAUCUUGGCCGAACUCGAUGCCGAACUGCGACUUACCGCGGCCGCCCUCGGGGAGCGGGCGAUCCGCAGCCGGAGCAGGAGGCCUCAUUUGCAGAACCACCACAGCUACUGCGGCCACGGCAGCGAUCGUGAACGUGGUCACGGUCAUCACGACAGAGACAAGGCGCUCAGCGAAAGCAUGCUCACCAACCUGCUGGACCAGUAUAGUGAACGGUUGGUCAGCAUGUUGGAUGAGAAGCUGAGGAUAAGGUUGCUCAGCGAGGAAGAGAGGGAGGCGUUGAUGAGUGCAAGGCAGAGUCAGCGGCCGACGACGUCUGGAGGAGGGUCGACGAGCUCGGGGGCGUCGGGGGUUACGGAGGGGAGGAGUGGGAGCAGCUCGAUCGGGAGCACGAUCAUGUGCAUCGAUGGAGAUGGGAUGAUGAUGAUGCAGGAAGAGGAGGACGGUGGGGAGGCGGACGGGGAGACCGAGUGUGACGGAGAGGGAGGGGCAGACACUGAGGCGGAGGAUUUCUGCGGUGAGGAAAGAGGGAGGGAGAGUGGUGGGUUGAAUGAGAGGAUGAUGGGGUUGGAUUUACAUUGCUAGGCAAAUGGCAGAAAGCAAAAGAGGAACCAGGAAAGGAUCAGAAACAAAAAACAACCAAAGUGGACAAGAUACCCCUUCUAAACAACAUUUCCUUUUCUUAUCACGACUUUCAAGAACAAUAACACAACCUACCCACUUGCGCGAGCCACG